AUGGAUUAUUUUGCAAAAGCCGAUAACGCAUCCACCAAAAACGAGAAUAACGAAUUGGACUGGUGGCAAACCGCGAUUUUCUAUCAAAUCUAUCCUAGAUCAUUCAGAGACAGUAAUGGCGACGGAGUGGGAGAUCUCAAAGGUAUAAUGAUUUUUAUUUUUGUUUUGAAAGUGAAUAUUAUAUGUACCUAAGUAGUUGCGUAACAUGACAAAUUUAAACAGUUUUGAACAAUUAAAAUCAAAUUGCGCAAAAGGCAAACUUCUGACGGUCAUUUGUUUUUCUCUUUUGGGAGCCUUUGGUAUCAAUUUGCCGCUCGUUGCGGUACUAUAACGUCUGUAACACAUUGGUACUAUUUCAGCUAAAAAAAGGUGGCAGUGACAAAGAAAAAUUAUUUUAUUUAAAAAUUUGGUUGUUGUAUCGCUUAGGUUAAAAUAAUUUUAAACGGAAAUUUAAUAAAAAUAACGAUGUGAAUGCUUCCGAGGUUUGUACAUACAAACCGUAACAUUCCGGUUUUUCUAAUAUAUUCUCCUCGUCUUUAACGGGAUUAUAGAAUUAGUUCUCAAACUUAGGUCAUCCAUAAUUUUACCUAUUGAAUUGGCUCCCUCGAAAUUUAUUUCAUAAAUAUAUUGGUUAUCAAAAUAUUAUUCAAAACAAUAAAUAAAUAACUAAUAAACAAUAUGAAAUAUAAAUAUAAAAUUAUAUUUAGUCAAAUGAAAAUAUCAAUAAUAGUUCAAUUAAAAUCAUAAUAAUUAUAUAAGAUAUAUUAUAAAUCGGUGGUAUAAGCAGGGAUUUUUCAUUAGGGGGGGAUCUAAAGUUUUAUAGUUAAUUAGUUGUUUUGUCAGAAGUUUAGUAGAUCAGUAGGUGCGUUCCUAUAGUUCUGACUGAUAAUAAACAUAAUAUGUACACAAAAAAAAAACUAUAAAAAUGUUGGGCAUUAACACACAAUAUUAAAGAUAGUAGAGUAUUAAAAAUCAGAGAUCAACCAAAAACAUAAUUUUCAUUUGUGACAGUCAUCGUUUCCGCCAAAAUGAAAAAGUUUCGAUUUUGGUUUCCACCAAAUCUAUUUCUACCUGCUUAUCGUUAUUAUUAGUAACAGAUCUAUAUUGAGGAUGGAUUUAUACAAAAAGUAAAAUUUUGAACCCAUCAAUAAAAUUAAUUUUUGUUACCAUGCUGGCUCGUUAUGAAUUUCAUCUAAAAUCAGUAUGUAUACAUCAAUUUACUCGGGGUUAAGGAAUUAGAAUAGCUGCGUUGUCGUUAUACUCGAAGAUUCGUCGAUGUUGGUACAAUAUUCAUAGUUAGUUUUGAGAACGGGCUCAAAAUUAACACACACCCUAUUUAAACCGAUAUCGAUAACAAUGAUUAGAUCGAUUUAUAUAUUUUUAAAAUAAGGAGGAAUUAUUACGUGUAAAAUCAAUUAUUUCGGCGUACAUUGAUGAUUCACUAGAUAUAAACUAGGGCUUUACGUACUCAUAUCAAUGAUAUAGGUAGAAAUAAAAUUGGUGGAAUUUUUUUCGUUCUCGCGGAAAUGAAAAUCGAGUUAUUUGUCGGAAACAAUGACCGCCCGUUUUAGUGUGCAAUACUAUAAGAUACGGUUUACAUGAAAAAAAUAACGAAAAACCUAAGUAUACAAACUACAUGAGCGGAUCUCAACCUUUUAAUAUCCGCGUAAUAUUAACACAUUUUGACAUAUUUCACGUACCAGUUGGUACAGAAAUUCAAUUUUUUUUAUUUAACAAAAAAUUAACUUUUUACGUUAUCAGUAAUUUAUGGAGUUUUUUAUUAUUAAAUCUACAUAAUUAUACAACAAUUUAUUAUAAUAAUAUGCAAAUAUUAAAAUUGUAAUAAAUAUGCUCGGCUAUUAGUUUUGUUAUUAUUUAUGGAUUAAUAAAUUGCAUUAUAACCUCAAUUAAAACUAAUAACUUUUGUUUUUACUUAUCAAACAAUUUCUUCGGAUGUGACCUACGAGCAUUCUGAGUACCAAUGGUGGUACGCGUACCGUAGGUUAGGAAUCGCUGAUCUAGCUAAUUAUUUUUCACUAAUUAAAUGUAUUAUUGUUAUAAACUAAUCGGAAAAUAAACUCAGAAUGAGAAGAAUCAUUUUAAUUAAUUGUAUUGAAUCCACUUGUUGAAAGUAUUAUUUGUUGCCAAUUAAGUAAUAUGUUUUUUGGGAGUCGAUUCAAUGGCUAGGGGUUUCUGAUAUUGGGAACCAAUUCAAUGAUCGCCGUCUUUAAAUAAUUUUGUUAUCUGCGUUUAAAUUCUACUGAACAAUAUAACGUUAUAGUUGAUAAUAACUUUUUCAUUUUUUAUUUUUGACUUACGUUUUACAAAUUUUGUCAAGGAAUCGAAGAAAAAGCGGAACACUUCAAAGACAUAGGAGUGGAUUGUAUUUGGCUGUCGCCGAUUUUCAAAUCGCCCAUGGCAGAUUUUGGUUACGAUAUUUCGGAUUACAAUCAAAUCGACAGUAUAUACGGCACGAUUGACGACUUCGUAUCGCUGAAAAACAAACUUAAGUCACUGGGUAAUUUAAAUUAAUACCACUUUUAUCAUUAUGUUUUCUUUGAGUAUAUUUUAUUAGCAUAUUGCUGUACACCAAUGGACAAAACCCAUCUAUUACAUGUUAUUCCUUUUUUUUCUAAUUGUUUUUUUAUACAAUCGCUAUAAAAAAAAUACAAAAAUAUCAAUUUUAAAGGAAUACACAUAUCUAAAUAUUAUUUUUAUUUCUAAAGUAAAUAUUGUUGUUAAAAUUUAUUUUUUUUAUAAAACAAAAUCAAUCAUCGUUAUAAAAGUGCGUUUGUUUCUAUAAAAACCUAAAACGAUGAUUAUGAAAUAAAUAAUCGAAUUAUGUGUUACAAUGUUACUAUAGGAUUGAAAAUAAUUUUGGACUUUGUGCCCAAUCAUUCAAGCGACGAACACGAAUGGUUUACAAAGUCCGUACAAAGAAUCGAUCCGUACACGGAUUAUUACGUUUGGAAAGACGCCAAAAUCGAUGUUAACGGUACGAAAUUACCGCCAAAUAACUGGGUAAAUAAAAUAAUUAAUUUUUAACCGUUAACGCUAUAAUGUUUGUAAUAACUAUGAUAUAAUACAUUGCAUAUAACUAUGUUCUCGUAUAUCAUCUAGCCUUUUCGUUGCUGACCUUAUAAAAAGUUUAUUAACACAUUUAUUUCAGCAAAGUAUUUUCAGUAACUCUGCGUGGUCAUGGAACGAAAAGCGCGGACAGUAUUAUUUACAUCAAUUCGAUCCUAAACAACCGGACUUAAAUUAUAGAUGUAAAGAAUUGGUUGAAGAAAUGAAGGUGAGAUCCGUUAAUAGUAUUUGACCUUUUUUUUUUUUUUUGUUACAUCAGUGUACGAUUUGCUUUUACAAUACUUCCCCCAUUGUUGCCAUAUAGUAUAUAAAAAAAUGAUACGUUCAAAUUUCGUUUUCCCCAUCGUGGGACGGGCUUACAUUGACAUUAAAAAUACUAUUUAAUACUAGGGUAUAGGUUGAACGAAGUAACUCAUGUCAACCCUUUACAUAAAAUAUUAAUCUAAGCCUAUAAUCUAAACAUUUGACCGUGACCCAACGGCCAAUUCCCCAUCAGAGGGGACCGUUGUGCCGGAGAGUAUCGUACUUACUGAGUCAUUUUGACGUAAUCAUUUUUCUGGUGGUUGGAAUAAUAUUUUACGUAUGUUGUAGGUGUCAAGUGUCAUAAAAAAACUAAAAAUUAAUAACACAUUGAAAAAUAUAAUUUAAAAUGUUAACACAUUAUAGACAAUAAAAUAUAUAUAUAUUAAUUAUGCUCGAUUACCGAAAUUAGAAUAUUGAAUUUGAUAUUGAAGUACAAGAUGUUUUAAAAACAAAUCAUAUAUAUUGUUUUUCCUUCAGAAUAAUUUGAGAUUUUGGCUAGACCAUGGUGUAGAUGGAUACAGAGUAGACGCCGUACCGUAUUUAUUUGAGGAUUCGCGAUUCUUGGACNCAAACAAAAAGACGGAAAAACCAGGUAUAUAUUUUUAGGGUUUUCUUACUGAUUGUAUAUGUUUUACAAAUCUUAACGACCAGUUUUCAAUCAAACGACUGCGUUUUGGAGCAAUCAAUACCCAUUCGUAAAUUAAAAUGAUGUUAUUAGACUAGGAAUGAGUUACAUAAAAUAAUGAUAUAAUCAUUUUUUGGUCUUAUAUUAUUCACGUUAAUUAAAAUAUUAGUAAUGGCAAUGACAGGAGAAAUACUUAUUUUAGACAUUUGAUUUUUUGAAUUUUUUAAUGGCAAUAAACUGGAACUCAAAAUUAUAUUCCUAAAAUUAUAUGUUGUUAAUUGGUUGUAUAAUAGUUGAAAAUCGUGCUCUUAAUUUUUUUUUCUUUAAAUGAUAGGGUCAUGAUAACCGAAUCGUACACUACCUUAGAAAACACUAUGAGGUAUUAUGGAAAUGAAAAACAAUUAGGAGCGAAUUUUACAUUUAAUUUUCAAUUGGUUACCGAACUUAACGCUCAAUCGAAUGCUACCGAAUUCAACAACACAGUGAAUCAAUGGUUAGACAACAUGCCAAAGGGAAAAUGGCCGAAUUGGGUGGUGAGUAUUAGCGUUAAUCCUUUUAUCGUUAACCAGCACUCGAGUACAAUUAAUAGAAUAUAUUAAUAAAAAAAAAACGUGCAACUUUGCACGUGGUUGCUGCUAUUGCUAUAGGUGAGAAGUUGAAGAGUUAGUAGAAGGGAAUUAUAAUGUAUAUCUGCAAACAACGAUAAACUAUUGCAGAGUUAUGUCAAUAGUAUUGCUUAGUUAACAAAAUAUGUGACAUAAUAUUGUAAAAUAAAUGCAUUAACAAUAAAUAUUUUCCUUAAUAAAAUUUCUUUAAUAUUGAACAUUUGUUCCCUUUUUUCCUUCGAUUGAUUAAAAUAAUACAGUUGUACGUUUUUCAGUUUUUCCCUGUUUUAAACAGUAAGUUUUCUCGGAAAAAUUCUAAGAAAAUCGAAAAACUGUCAAGUACAUCUACUGUCAGAUUUAUUUUUUGAAAAGUGCUAUCAUUGUAAAUCGGAACAAUAUUCCUGGUUGAAAAAUGAUUAAAAAAAAUAAUAAUUAUAUGUAAACAUUUUUGUAAAUUCAUAAUCUUCUUGGCUUCACUCAAAAUUUACGUAUACACGAUACAAAUUAAACAACACUUUAACUCUUACAAUGUCAUGAUAUUUAACUUGUGGGUCAGAAGAGGUUUAAACUAUACCGAUGCCGUCUCUACCAGUAUAAAACAAAAUUAAAUCCACCUUUUUCGUAUAAGUCAGUGAAAAUUCGGAAAGAGUAGUCGAAAACCGAGACUCAAAACGCGUUUUAGAUUUCUGAAUUCUUAAGGAAAGUGUCGUUAUAAAUGCCCUAAUAUAGGAUUAACCAUAUUAAUUAUAAAGAAAAACCACUUUAUGCAUAAAAUGUUUAUGUAUAAAAAGUGAAUGAAGAAACAUAAGCAAUGCAUUUUUUCAUAUUAACCAAUUACAAAUAUAGAAAGUUUAGUAGGCCUGUUUUUGAUAAAUUCUUCAUGACAUUCCCUUGUUUAAAUAUUUUAUAUAUACUGAAAUAUUUUAGAACCAUUUAAUUACCGUUCCAGAACGAUUAAUCCAAAUUGUUUUUCAAUUGUGUCAUAAGUAGUAAUACUCGAACGCUAAAAUAUGAAUAGCUAUGAUAAUUGUUCGCAGAUAGGAAACCACGACCAACCGCGGGUUGCGACGCGGUUUGGUAGCGAAAUGGUGGACGGAAUUAACAUGCUAAACCUGCUGUUACCGGGCACGGUGUUCACGUANUCUGAAAGCUCAAAUUGUUUAGAUAGUAAUUUAAAGAGGUCAUUUUUUUAAAUAAAAGCACGUAAGUGAGUAAAAACGUACAAUUUCACGAUUUUGUUAUUUUUUGAAAAAUCAAAUAUACUAUAAAUCAUUUAAUAAAAUGCGUCAAUGUAAAACGAUUACUUCUAUGCAAAUUUCCUGUACUAACUUUACAGAAACUUUCUUGGGAUAUUAUUAAUCUAGUUUGUGCAUUAAAGGGGUUUUGUAUCCGGUUCAGUUAAAAAUUCUCAAUUUACUUCAAUUUUCCGCGACUUCAAGCCACAAAAUCUCACCAUCUGCGCUGUUUGAAUUUAAUUUCAUUUCUUUCAAAAUGCCUGUACUCUACUGUUUGUCAAUUUUUAAAUAAUCCACAUGAUAAUAUAUUGUUUUCCCUGUGAUAUUAGAAUUUUUUCGGGAUUACAUUUAGGACUUGAUUUAUGUUUAACGUAUAAAACAAUUAUUUACGUUUAUUCGGACAAAUAUUUAUUUCUUUUGACCGGUCAGUGUUUGCACUUUACGUUGCGUCUAUAGAUUAUUAAAUAUCGUCCAUCUUUUAAAUUCUAUUUGAAUCUUUUCUCCAGAGCGUCCUAUUUGUUUAGUUAAUAUUUAAAUAUUAUAAAUAUGUCUCGCGUUUAGAUCACUGUCUGGAGCGGAGACGUAUUUGGUGGUCAUGAACGUGGGUACCGAAGAAGAACGUGUUGAUCUGUCCGGUUUAUCGACUGUAAACGAACAACAAACGUGGAUAGUACACACGCCCAGUAUAAAUUCACAAUAUUCCAUAGGGUGAGUUGAUAUAUUAACAUAAUAACUGGAUUACGGAUUUCAGAUUACAAAUUUUAGAUUUCAUAUUUAACAGUUAGCGUUAGUUUUUGUAUUCAUAAUAAAUAAGUACUUUUAAUGAAGUGUUUCACUUGAGAUAUCAUUUUGUAGUAAUGAUAUACAUAAAAACAAAAAAGAAAAGCAUAGAAUAAUCCAAACUUCGAGUUUAUAUACUAUCUAAAAUACGGACAUACAAUAAAUAUCGGAUUUUGAUCAUCCAGUUUCUCGAAAAUCUGCCUAGUUUUUCCCGUUGUUAUUUAAUGUAUACUAUUAGAUAAAAAAAUAUCCAGAAAGUUUGUAUGUAUUUCGUUUGAAGACGCCAAUCUCCGGAACUACUAUUCGUAUUUGAAAUUUUUUUUCUUGAUAUGGUCCACGAAUUUGGCAUGGGCAAGUGUCUUGCCAAGUGUCUUUAUUAUUAUAGACCCCACAACCGAUUUUUAAAAUGUUUUCAAUAAAUUCCUUUCUUUAUCGCAAUAGUCUUAGGCUAAUCAAUUUUUAAUGUUUUACAUUUUUACAAUUUAAAACGCUGAACUUCGGUGUGAUAGUAACGAAUAUGGAGAUUGGGAAUCACGAUUUAAUUUUUAUUUAAAUUUGUUCGUCGUUACUGACACUGGCAAAGUCUUGCGGCACAGCUAGUUAUAAUAUAUACUAUACUAACGUUUAACAUUUUUAGAAACAUUCUGAACUCGAGCGGUUUCACAAUGAGGCCUAAAUCGGCAUUAGUGUUGACUAAUCAAAAAUUGCAAGAGAAUUUAUCAUUGUCGUCAUCAUUGGCCGGAUCAAUGUCACUGUUUUAUCCGUUCACAAUGACUCUGGUCGCUUUGGGAAGCAAUUUAGCUAGCGGAAUAUUUGGCGCCUGAGCCCACAAUUGGUCUGAUAAAAUAACAAAACUUAAAUAUAAUUUGUUUUGAUUUAUAUGAUAAAAUAUGGAAAAUAUAUAAUAUUUACAGAUCACAGAAAAAUGUUUAGAUCCUCAUUGCAGACGAUUUGAUUAAAUUAAAAACUGAUUCGUCGUGUUUACACAUUUCACUGCGAGGAAAAUAUUAUGUUAUACAUUUUUUGAAUUAUAAUACUUUUUUGUAGUGCAGUAAAGUAAUGCACUAAAUUAACAUCAGUUGUAAAUUAUAUCUAUGUAGAAUCUAAGUAGUUAUACUGAUCAUUUGUUGUACCGCAUUAUAAUGCGUUAUAUGAAUAAACAUUUUUAAAUAACUAAUUUUAAAAAAAAAUGUUGUUUAUGACUUACCUAUUAAGCAGUAGUAUCACUUUGUAUGAAAGUAAAUUGUGUUGCGUCAUCGGUGCCGUUGUAUAUACCCAUAUGAGCGACAUCAUUAUUAUUUUGUUUUUGUACCACAGAUUCCAAG